AUGGCGCAAAGGUACGAAGACUUGCCCCACUACGGGAUGGACGGGGUGGGCAUCCCGACCACCAUGUACGGAGACCCGCACGGCGCGCGCUCCAUGCAGGCCGUGCAUCUUAACCACGGGCCCCAGCUGCACUCGCACCAGUACCCGCACACGGCGCACACCAACACCAUGCCUCCCAGCAUGGGCUCGUCGGUCAACGACGCGCUCAAGAGGGACAAGGACGCCAUAUACGGACACCCCCUGUUCCCACUGCUUGCACUGAUUUUCGAGAAAUGUGAAUUAGCGACGUGCACCCCUAGAGAGCCCGGCGUGGCGGGAGGGGACGUGUGCUCGUCGGAGUCUUUCAACGAAGACAUCGCUGUGUUUGCCAAACAGAUUCGCGCAGAAAAACCUUUAUUUUCAUCAAAUCCAGAAUUGGAUAAUCUGAUGAUUCAAGCCAUUCAGGUGUUACGGUUUCAUCUGCUGGAGCUGGAAAAGGUCCACGAGUUGUGCGACAACUUCUGCCACCGCUACAUCAGCUGCUUGAAGGGCAAAAUGCCCAUCGACCUGGUCAUCGACGAUCGCGAGGGGGGCUCGAAGUCGGACAGCGAAGAGAUCACGCGCUCCUCGGUGGCCCUCGACCAGAUGUCACCUACGUCCUGGAACCGGGACCACGACGACACGGCGUCCACGCGUUCGGGGGGCACGCCGGGCCCGUCCAGCGGCGGCCACACGUCGCACAGCGGCGACAACAGCAGCGAGCAAGGCGACGGCUUGGACAACAGCGUGGCCUCGCCGAGCACGGGCGACGACGACGAUCCGGAUAAGGAAAAGAAGCGCAACAAGAAGAGGGGCAUCUUCCCCAAGGUGGCCACCAACAUCAUGAGGGCGUGGCUCUUCCAGCAUCUAACGCAUCCGUACCCAUCAGAGGAACAGAAAAAGCAACUGGCACAAGACACGGGCCUCACCAUCCUACAAGUCAACAACUGGUUCAUCAACGCUAGGAGGAGAAUAGUGCAGCCCAUGAUCGACCAGUCCAACCGUGCAGUAAGUCAAGGAGCUCCCUAUAAUCCAGAUGGUCAGCCGAUGGGGGGCUUCGUCAUGGACGGCCAACAGCACAUGGGAAUCAGACCACCUGGACCAAUGGGCGGAAUGGGAAUGAACAUGGGCAUGGAAGGUCAGUGGCACUAUAUGUAG